UUGCUCGCCCCCGAGAGGCGGGAGCGCGCGAGCUUCUUGUCCGGCCUCUGCUGCGCCUUUCUCUGCUUCGCAGUCUGUUCAGCUGCAGGGAUGAGGAGGUUAUCAGCUAUUCGCCGGGUUUGCCAAACUUUCACUCCAUGCUCCCCACGUCCUUACAAGAGCGGAUUUAAAAAACUUCAGCCGCCAGGUCGACAAGCAGUAGGACCAGGCACGUGUACUUUGAUCGCCGGCAGAGAUGCAAGCACAAGCGGAGGCAGCGCCGCGGGUACUGGGAAAUCAACUGGGGCAGCGACUCGCUUCGGUCCCUGGCAGAUUGGUCACGACACCGUCGUCAGAGGAAUCAUUCAGAAGUCUAAAGAAGAAAUUGCAGCAUUGCAGGGAGCAUGUCCCACUUUCAAGUCAGUCCUUGCUAUUAUACAGGCAGGGGAAGAUGACUAUAUGUUAGAAGUGAACAAAAAGAUUGCAGCAGAGGUUGGAUUAAACAUUAUACACAUCUGCCUUCCAUCCGUGUGCAGUGAAGACGAGAUUGUGGAUGAGAUUAUAAAAUUGAAUGAAGACUCUAGUGUUCAUGGCAUAUUUCUACACCUUCCAUCAGUCUUUCAGACCAGCAGGGUACUCAACUCUGUUAAAAAAGAAAAGGAUGUUGAUGGUGUAUCUGAUGUUAAUUUUGGAAGGCUUGUACGUGGGGAUAUGAAUAAAUGCUUUGUCCCUCCAAUAGCAAGUGCAGUAUUGGAGCUGUUAACUAAAAGUGAGGCAUCAUUAGUGGGAAAGUCUGUGCUGAUAGCAGGAGAGAAUGGACCUCUUGAAGCUGCUUUACAGUUUCUCAUUCAGAAGAGUGGAGGGGUGGCAGUGAGCUGUCUCUGGAGUGCUAACAACCUACAAAGCCUGGCAUGUGAUGCUGAAGUCAUAAUUCUGACCCAAGGUAAACUGGACCAUGUGGGUCCUGCAAUGACAGUUAUCAACUGUGCCCCUACAGUAUUAUCUGAAAAACCUAACAAUCAAGAAACAAAUCAUUUCAUGGACUGGGGAGUUGGCCCACUUUCUGCAGCUCUUCGAAUGCAGAAUGCAGUGGAAGGAAGCCGCAGGUGGCUUAAUGGGCAACAGUACAAACAGUGGAAUCUCCGGUGUUUGAAGCUCCAGCCACUCUCUCCAGUACCAAGUGACAUUGAAAUUUCUCGAAGUCAGACACCAAAGGCAGUAAGUUUGCUUGCUAAGGAAAUUGGACUGCUAGAAGAUGAAAUUGAAGUAUAUGGCAAAACAAAGGCCAAAGUCAACUUGUCUCUCUUGGAGAGGCUGAAGGAAAAGCCAAAUGGAAAAUAUGUACUGGUUGCUGGGAUAACUCCAACACCUCUUGGAGAGGGCAAAAGUACAGUAACCAUAGGCCUGGUUCAAGCCCUUACUGCACAUCUUAAGCUCAAUUCAUUUGCUUGUCUGCGACAGCCUUCCCAGGGCCCCACCUUUGGAGUGAAAGGUGGAGCAGCUGGAGGUGGAUAUGCUCAAGUCAUUCCCAUGGAAGAGUUUAAUCUUCAUCUAACAGGAGAUAUUCAUGCUAUAACAGCUGCAAACAAUCUGCUUGCAGCAGCAAUCGAUGCUAGAAUCCUUCAUGAAGCCACUCAGUCUGAUAAGGCCUUGUAUAAUCGACUGGUGCCCUCUAUUAAUGGAGUCAGACAAUUCUCUGCUGUUCAAGUGGCCAGAUUACAGAAGCUGGGAAUUAAAAAAUCUAAUCCUGACUCACUAACAGCAGAGGAGAUUAAUUUGUUUGUGCGACUUGACAUUGAUCCAUCUACCAUUACUUGGCAGCGAGUUGUUGACACAAAUGACCGAUUUUUGAGGAAGAUAACAGUUGGGCAAGCUAACACAGAAAAAGGAUUCACUCGUCAGACCCAAUUUGACAUUGCUGUUGCUAGUGAAAUCAUGGCUAUCUUGGCCCUUUCUGAUGGGCUGGUUGACAUGAAACAAAGACUUGGCAAGAUGGUAGUAGCCAGCAAUAAGAAGGGGGAGCCUGUAACUGCAGAGGACUUGGGUGUAACUGGAGCUCUUGCGGUUUUGAUGAAGGAUGCAAUUAAACCGACACUCAUGCAGACCUUAGAGGGCACUCCAGUGUUUGUGCAUGCAGGCCCCUUUGCUAACAUUGCACAUGGAAACUCUUCCGUUUUGGCAGAUAAGAUUGCACUGAAGGUGGUUGGUGAAGAGGGUUUUGUAGUGACUGAAGCUGGCUUUGGUGCAGACAUUGGGAUGGAAAAAUUCUUCAAUAUCAAGUGUCGAUCCUCUGGUCUCUGCCCUGAUGUAGUUGUUCUGGUGGCCACUGUCAGAGCCUUAAAGAUGCAUGGAGGGGGACCCAAUGUUACUGCUGGAGUACCUUUACCAAAGGAGUAUACAGAAGAGAAUCUCCAGCUAGCAGCUGAUGGUUGCUGUAACCUACAAAAGCAAAUCCAGAUUGCUCAUAUCUUUGGGGUUCCUGUGGUGGUUGCUGUUAAUGUAUUCAAGACAGACAGCAAGACAGAGCUUGACCUCGUUUGUCAGAUCGCUAAGGACUCUGGGGCAUUUGAUGCUGUGCCUUGUUACCAUUGGUCCAGAGGAGGAAAGGGCUCAAUUGAAUUGGCUGAGGCAGUGAGAAAAGCAGCUCAGCAACAGAGCCAAUUCAGAUUUCUUUAUGAUCUUCAGAUGCCCAUUGUGGAAAAAAUUAGGACAAUUGCUCAGAAAAUUUAUGGUGCAAAGGAUAUUGAACUUUCUCCUGAAGCUCAGGCUAAAUUGGACUGGUACAACAAACAGGGAUUUGGAGAAUUGCCAGUUUGUAUGGCCAAGACCCACCUCUCUCUGUCUCAUCAGCCAGACAAAAAAGGUGUUCCCACUGGCUUCAUCCUUCCCAUUCGCACGGUUCGUGCAAGUAUAGGUGCUGGCUUCAUCUAUCCUUUAGUAGGAACGAUGAGCACCAUGCCAGGCUUGCCCACAAGACCCUGCUUUUACGAUAUUGACCUUGACCCUGAGACUGAACAGAUCACUGGCUUAUUCUGAGCUAUUUAUCUUAUUCAAUCAUUUUACAACAGAGACCCUACCAGAGUAAUGUCUAUACUAACUUCCUGCUAGCGAUUCCUGAGUGAAUGUGAAGUAUGCACCUCAAGGGAAUAUCAAGAAAAUAUCUUCCAGACUGCGCCAGGAUGGAGGAUCGUCAUAACAUAACUUUUUACAACCUUUGAAAUGAAGUGCAUACUAAAAUAUUGACCUAGGUGGUGUUUUUUUUUCUUUUUCUGACAUGCAUACAUCCAUGAGAAUUCUUUGAAAGUCUGCUUAGAAAUUCGCUCAGCAAGUGUAGAUGCCAAACAUAGAAGCUCAUUUGACAUAACAUUCCCACAAUGACAGCAGAUAAUCAUGAAACUCUCAGGUUACAUCUGCAAAUAUCCUUUGCAUUCACAUGAUCUGAGGUAUGAAGCUUAAGCUUAUGCUUAUAGAAUGUCUUAGUAGUUAUAGCUCCUGUCAGUCAAGCCAUUAUUGUUAAAACAGUACUUAACUGCCAUUUAUACACACGUGACAAUAGUUUAAAAUCGAAGAGAAUUACCUUUUUCAUUGCGAGAGCUGUUAGCUUUCUGUAAUGUGAUGGACACCAGAUAAGUUGCAUCACAAGAAAAGCAGACUGUGUCUCAUUGUUUAUCAUAAUUACAUUAUAAAUUGACACCACAACACAAAAUGCAAGCAGUUAAAAAUAAAGCAUUUAGUAAAAGUUGCACCAUUCACUUCUGUAUCACAUCUUGAGCCUUCUAAAUUCCACGUUCAAAGAGUAUUUUAUAGGCUUCCCCAGUGGCUUCUCCUGAGGUAAAAUCGUAAUUAGGGCAUUAAAUACUGUCCUGGGUGGCCAAUAACUAACCUUGGUGUUGACAUUUGUUCUGUAAAGUUUCAAUUUGGACUGUUUUCAUUUUUGGCUUAAACAGAAAUAUGAGCAUUACCAAUGGGCCGCUUACCCCAUAAGGGUCUUUUCAUUAGAAUAUUUAUUCUUCAUUAGUUACAAAGGUGAAAAUGUGUAUGCCAAAUAAAAAAAAUGUAAAAAAAGUCUUACUGUGUUUAGAAAAUAAUCAGUGCAAUAUGUCUACCAUACAUCACAUUGUGUUUGGUGAUCCAAAUGAUGGAGAUUUUAAAUUUGGAAAUUAUUAACACACUUGUUGAAUUAACCCAUUGAGAGUGAAAAUUCAAUUGGAAUAAAAGUUGGAGGAUGCUAUAAUUUUCAGUAAAAUGUCUGAAAGUUUUUUCCAUGUUUUAUUGAAAUAUUUGGUUUAAUAAAAUAUUUUUUGGCAGUA